CCUAAGACUAAUAUAGACAAGGUAUGUUAUGUGGGUGGAUUUCUGGCAGAAAAACAAAAGGAAUGAGAAGUGAAAAAAAUAAAAAAAUAUCACCCAAAAAGGGGGCAUUCCGAGAAUCGAACUCGGGACCUCUCGCACCCAAAGCGAGAAUCAUACCACUAGACCAAAUGCCCUCACUAUAACAAUUAACACGUGCGAAAUAGCCUAAUUAGUUUUCUUUCCCAUAUGAGUGAUCUGACCCUUCCUUUCUACAUUUAUCUACAUGUGCACAUGGAAAUGAUCCUAUACAGUUGGACAAAAAAGUAGAAUUUGGAUUGUGACAACAAUCAUUAACCUGGAAAAUUCGAGAUAUAGUUAUUCAUAGGAGUGAAAGAAACCUUUUGGGACUCCAGCUAGCAACUUCGUGAUGAAAUUCUGCUAACGGAGAACUUUAGGGACAGACCCCAUCACCUUUAAAAACGAAAAAAGCAUCCUUUGGUGAUCUACCUAUUACUCACUUGCGUUUACCAGUAACAGUUUCUUACCACUUUAGUCCUUAACAUCUGCUUUUAUCCAUGUUUUGGAGCCAUGAUCCUGUUCAUGAUAAUUCCCUGCACAAAAAAAAAAAAUCAAACCAAAAAUGUGCAUUACUAAUACCACAUCUUACAAGUCUCUCAAAACUAUUUUGUGGUAUUAUUAUGAACUUUAAAAUGAAGAACAAUCUACAAGUAUUUCAUCUAUUUCCUUUUUCUUUUUUGGUUUAUAAGGAAAAUUUUACUUAGAUCUACCUUCUACACGACCUCAUGAGUUCAGACCCUUGUAUGUUGAUCUGGCAUUAUGUCCAAAACUAUUUUUUAAGGAAUUUAUUACUGAUCUGUUCAAUUUAUGAAGAUGGGCAAUCUUAGCAAUGCAAAGAUGAACAAAAAAAAAAAAUUGAAGAAUCUUAAGAAUAGCAAAAACAAUUUUUUUUAAUAAAGGACCGGUUGGGAAUAUUCAUGGAAUGGAUUUGCUUAAAUUUCGGACAAAAUGAUUGCAAAUGGCCCUGUAGUACUCGUCUGUAAAUAUCCAUGAAUGAGUUUGCUGCAUUUGGUGUCUUCCGUGAUUGUCUCUCACCCACUGCUUUAAUCUCCUCUCCUGUAGUUUUCAAUAAAGAGCUUUUUGAAGGGUUGGUGGUUGUGAGGUUGGAUUGGAAGCUGUCCAUGGCCACCUUCGCAGGAACCUCCCAGAAGUGCACAGCCUGCGAAAAGACGGUGUAUCUGGUUGACAAGUUAACAGCUGAUUCCAGAUCCUACCACAAAGCCUGCUUCCGAUGCCACCACUGCAGAGGUACCCUAAAGCUCAGCAACUUCUGCUCAUUUGAGGGAGUCCUAUACUGCAGGCCUCACUAUGAUCAACUCUUCAAGCGAACUGGUAGUCUGGAUAAGAGUUUUGAAGGCACACCGAAAAUUUUGAAACCAGAAAAACCUACGAUUGAGAAUGAGAAUAACAAGGCAGUAUCAAACAUGUUUGUUGGUACCAAAGAUAAAUGUGUGGGAUGUGAAAAGACGGUGUAUCCCAUUGAGAAGGUCUCGGUGAAUGGGACUUCAUACCACAGGAGGUGCUUCAAAUGUACCCAUGGAGGUUGCACCAUAAGCCCAUCUAACUAUAUUGCACAUGAAGGAAAGCUCUACUGCAAACACCACCACAUCCAACUCUUCAAGGAGAAAGGGAAUUACAGCCAGCUUGAGAAUGAACGUGAAAAGCAAUCAGAGACUGGUAGUUAGUCAUGAGCCACUCCUAAUGUUUAAGGCGCUUUUCAUUAAUUUUAACUUGUAAUCUUGUUUUUGGUCAUGCAUUUGAUGUAAUGUGAGGUUGAUCUGCAUCUGCUUAAUGUGUGUGAAAGGUUUUUCUGCGGCAUUUUUGAUUGGUCA